AUGGCCGUGAUGGUUGCGACUGGUGCGAAUGCACAGAAAUUGCCCCCUGAACGGAGAGGAACACCAAAUCCCACGGUACCCGGUGACCCACCUCGAUCGAUGGAAGAUAUCGCAGAAGGGGCCCACCGGGUGCUUAAUCACACCGAGAACAACGGUACAGAGGGUCGAUAUGUCACAGGAUAUAUUCGGGCUGCCCGCCAAUACGCACUCAACACCCAACGGGGCGACAGCCAGGGGAUGGCCAAGGUGCUCGAAGCACUGACCAAGAUCAAUGCCGACACCGAACGUUUGAACCAGCGAAUUGACACCAUUGAAAAAGCAACGAGCGCCUUAUCGACAGCUUUGUCUACCUCCGCGGCAGAUUCUGCAGCUGCGUGGCGCAACGUCCGAGCCAGUGACCGGCAGCGCGGUCUGGCCAAGGGGGCCGCCCCGAUUGCCCGGGGUAACGACACAUCGUCUCCUGGGGUGCCUGAAAUUAAACUCCGUGAAGACCGAGAGCUGAUACUGAAGGUGGGAUCUAACCCUGAAGGGGCUACCUUCGUGGCAGCUCGGAAACUGCCCUCGGGAGACGUGGUUAUGGUGGCCAACAGUGCUGCGGGGGCCGAGCUCCUCCAACGGUCGUGGGGCGUUGUUGCAUAUCAUAUUCCAGUGAAGUCGAUGCAGACUACCCCAGAGACAAUGGCCGACGUCGCAACCGACCUGCUUAAACAGAAUUACUGGGGCGAAGUCGCCAGGAUUCAGUACCUUGGUUGGCUAACGCGACCAGGGAUACGAGCAGAAGGCUCGCUCCUCAUCGAGUUCACGAACCCAGUCGUAGCCAACGGCGCUAUCAUCACUGGUGUCGUUUGGGGGAAGCAAAUCCACAAUGCUGUACGCUUCUGCCGCGAGGGACGGACGAAGCUGUGCAGAAAAUGGCAAAAACCGGGGCAUAUCCAGUCUCACUGUUCCAACGUCUUCAAAAGCGGCCACUGUGCCGAUGGGCACCCGACCUCGGAGUGCCCUUCGACAUAA